UCUACAUGUAGAUCUGACUUCGUCUUGAAUACUAAAAUUGGUAUUUUCACAACUAUUGUUGAACUUGUCCCGGAAUACCCGCGAAAUCUACGCAACCAUCGCGAUUAACGCAAUACCGAUCAUGGACGAAUUUACAAAAAUGUCCGGACCUGUUCCGACAAACUUUGAUGCGAACAAUGCAGACAAUCUGGAGGAUAUUGAGAAGCAGUUUGCGGUCAAAGCGGUGCAGCAUCUAGAGACAUACUGGGCUAUUCUGGAAAGAGUAAAAGGUUCUUCGUUGCGACUCACCAAGAUGGACGAUGACAUAUACGCCCACCUUAAAGCCGAAUUUCCCGAAUUCGAUCCCGCAGAGACUAUUAACGAGGAAGAGAUGAAGAGUAAGUCGGGCAAGGAGCGGUGGCGCAAGUUCAUGAUGGCCUACGACAAGAAGGUCGAUGACUACAACUUUGGCACCAUGUUACGAACGAGCCCUAGCGUAGAAUACGAACAGGACACGACAAUAUUUGUUCCGAGGAUGCAAUUCUACGCCAUCGAGAUAGCAAGGAACAGGGCCGGCCUUAACGACUGGAUCUAUGAGAAGGCUAAUGGCGCGGGCAAGCCCUAAGGCGUAGCCCUCACAAACGAGGUGGUAAAACAUACUCUCUCGCUGUCCCUUACGAUACGCAAAAAAGGACAAGAGGCGAAGUA